AUGGCUGCCAAAAGAACUUGCCUCAUCGUUGGUGCUACGACCGGCAUUGGCAAAGAAACUGCCGAGCAUCUCGCAAAGAAGGGUUGGACCGUCAUCGUCACAGGCAGGAACCAAGACAAGGGCAACACGGUCGUAGAAUCUAUUACACAAAGCGGCGGCAGUGCUUCAUUCCAUCCUGUCGACAUUACCGAUCACGCGUCAGUCAUUGCUCUCCACGAACACGUUCUCGAAAAGCAUGGUCGGCUCGAUGCUGCUGUCAACAAUGCUGGCAUGUCAAGUACCUUCCAACCAUUCCAUAUGACACCGGUCGAGGAUCUCGACUCGAUGUACAAGCUCAAUCUGAAAGGCACCUUCUUCUGCAUGCAAGAGCAAAUCAAGAUAAUGUUGAAGCAAGACAAGCAUGGCGACGCUGGUAGGAGAGGUACCAUCAUCAACAUAUCCAGCAUGACUGGCCUCAUUGGUGUACCCUAUGCCGCUCCUUACUCAUCAACCAAGCAUGCUGUCAUUGGCCUUACCAAAUCAACAGCACUCGAGUAUGCCAAAGAAGGAAUCUACAUCUCUACUGUUGCGCCUGGUAUCAUUGACUCGGGCAUGCCCGUCUUGGAGGAGAGUUUCAAUGGCGGCGUGUUCUCCAGAGAGCAAGCUGCUGCCAUGCAUCCCUUGAACAGACUUGGUAAAUGUGCUGAUGUCGCAAAAGCUGUGGAUUUUGUGUUGGAGAAUGAUUUCGUCACUGGUGGUGUCAUUUCUGUUGAUGGUGGCAUCACGGCAACAUAG